CCCCCCUGAAGAGAAACCAUGGCGAACCCAGAGAGCCGCUCUCAGCCUCCGGACGGCGGUUGGGGCUGGAUGGUGGUUCUGGCCGGGUUCAUCGUCAGCGGCUGCACGAUCGGAACUUACCGCUCCCUCGGGGUCUUCUUCCUGACGUUCAGCCAACAGUUUCAGGCCAGCUCCGCGGAGACGGCGUGGAUAACCUCUAUCCUGAUCUUCGUCACGGCUUUCCUAUCUCCGGUUGGCACUGCCCUGGCGAGCACCAUAGGUUUCCGCCCGACCAUCAUGUUGGGAGGGGUGCUCACAGCUGCCGGCUACAUCGUCAGCGGUUUUGCGACCCGCAUGUUUCACUUGUACUUGGGAAUUGGAUGUCUGACAGGCCUUGGAUAUGCCCUAAGUCUUAGCCCUGCUGUAGCGAUUGUCGGGCAGUAUUUCACCAGAAGACGAGCCAUGGCCACAAGCUUGCUGAUGCUGGGCUCAAGUGUCGCAUCCAUGGCGUUCCCGCCACUUUUCCAGUACCUGAUGGACGAGUAUGGUUGGAAGGGCGCCCUGCUCAUUAUUGGCGGCAUUAUGCUGAAUAUAGUGGUAGCAGGAGCCUUGAUCAGACCUCUCGAGGCUUACAGAGACAGGAAGGUCGAAAAUAGCCUCGGAAACAGCAGAGUCAACGAGUCAGACAUGGAACUGGAAACCGGAAAUGGAAAGAAAUGUUUCACAGAUGCAGCGAACUUUCUAAAAGAGUUUUGGGCACAGAUGAACUUUAAAGUGAUCCUGAUACCUUCCGUGGCCCUGUUCUUGGCGUCCUUGUUUAUAAAGGAGUUCGUUAUCAACGUGCCAGGGCUGUACAUCAUCCCUCGCGCCAAGCAGCUGCAGAUCGAGGACUACGCGGCGGCGUCCCUUCUCACAGUAAGUUCAAUCGCGGACAUGGUCAGUCGGUUAGCAGUCGGGGCCAUCCCGGACAACUCACGGUUCAGCCGGUUUGACCAGUACGGACUGAGUCUGUGCCUGUUGGGCGUCUCCAACCUCCUGUUUCCGCUCGCCAAGACGUACCCGGCGCUCGUGGCGUACGCUAUCGCAAACGGGGCGUUCUACGGAGCGUUUCUUCCGAUGACAGCAACUUGCGUGGCCGACCUGGUGGGCCCAGAGCGUCUUCCAAGUGCGCUCGGCAUUCUGGCGUCAAUACAGGGGUUUGCAUCGCUGGCUGGGCCACCGUUUGCAGGCUGGCUGUUCGACGAGACCCAAAGUUACGACGCCACGUUCCUCCAAGCCGGCGCCGGUUUCCUGCUGGCCGGGCUCUUGCCGUUCCUCCUGCGGCUCAGGAAGAAACGGCCGGCGGACACGACGGAGGAGCCGGCGGACUCGCCACAAACAGUGAGGGGGAACUUUGAGAAUGAGACUUUAUUGGUACCAGAACGUGAAACCACUGUGUGAUCUUCUUUCGGACGUUUGAUCAUUGUUGGAAUUCAGAAGAGCAGUGAACCACAAUUAAAAAAAAUGUUAUCACAAACAUAUAUAGCACAAUGUGAUUUAUUUUCCACCAUAGCUUAUUGCGCUAUUUAAUGUGCCAAAAGGAACCAAUGACCAGGGACUGACAAGAGAUAACAAAUUCUUGAUGACAUAUGACUUUUCUAACCACAUCCUAUUUGGUAUGGAUGUAAAUGUGUUCUAUAGUUCCAAUGACACAGACCAGUACAUGCAAUUACGAGUGCUGAGAAAGCAGUCUAUGCAAAGUGUGUGAAAUUUAAGAAUGUUGAAUGGCGAUUCGUUGAUCCUUCCACUGCACGAAAAGUUGGACUUACCAAUGGUAGUAAAUGCCAGUUAAGUUGGGUAAUGUUUACUUUCUAAAGAGCAUCGAACUUUACAAUGGUAGUAAAGGAAAUUAAUGCAGUGUUCUGCCGGAGGGAGUUGAGACUAACUGUCGUCAUCGCGCGCAGAAGCCAGUACUUAAUCUCUUAGCAGAUCUUAACAGACAAGACACCAUCAAAUUAUGCCGUUUAAACUGUAAUUUCCAACACAAAGAAUUGGACUUACCCGCACAUUUUUGUGGUACAACUCCAGUCUUUGGAAAGGAAUGAGAAAUCCACCGCUUCCGUGACGUCACGCUAUGCAGAUUGCUCAUUCCCUGACUGAAUUCGUAUAGUCGAAACUUUGGUUCAGUGCAAUUCUUUGUGUUGGAAAUUACGGUUCAAACUUGUUUGCUUGUGUGUUUAUUGUUUAUUAACCAGAGAAACAUAUCGCCCAGGAGGGCGGUUUUCAAUGCACCCUGGGGGGCAAAACCCCAAACACAAUAAAAUAAUAACAA